GUGGGUUGGAAAAAAAAGAGCGCUGCCGGCUGUAGCUUGACUGGAGGAUCUCUCUGCCUGGUGUGCCAUUUACAUCCUAACGCUCAUGUGGUCACAUCCAGCAUCGCUUGGCUUCCCCUGAUCACCGGCCUGACUCCAGGAGCUUCAGACAGAACGGACAGAUAGCCGAGAAAGACAGGCUCUAUGUAUGUGUGCUGGAGAGGGAUUAGAGAGUUUAUAAAUAGGAAGUAAAAAAGCAGAGGGCUGCAAAACAGAGUAGAGGAAGACGCAGGUGGGAAGAUAAGGAGUGAGAAAGUAAUCCAGAAGAAACUGUGGUGAAAAAGUUAUUACACUUUAUAAAAUCUACCGACAUGGCAGCCGUGGAAGCACUGGCAUCUGGAAGUGCCCAGCUGGAGCCUCAAACUCUCACUGAGAUCUCUGAUGAUGAGAUUAACCUUCCACCUUCAGAUGAUGAAGACAACGCCCUUGCCGUAGCCAAGAAAGAGCUGUCCACAAUGGGCACAGAAGGGGACGCCGCCGAGGACAAAGAUGAUGCCGUUAAAGCUGAUCCACAGGUUAACGGGGUCAUGGUGCUCUCACUGCUUGACAAGAUCAUCGGGGCAGUGGACCAGAUCCAGCAGACCCAGAGUGGGCUGGAGGCCAGGCAGCAGGAGAUGGAGCGUACGGUGACCAGCAUCCAAGGCGAGCUCACAAAACUCACCAAGAGCCACAGCACCACGUCCAACAGUGUCAACAAGAUGAUGGAAAAGGUGCGCAAGGUGAGCGUCAAUGUGAAGACAGUGCGAGCCACGCUGGAGAAGCAAGGAGGCCAGAUAAAGAAGCUGGAGAACAACGAGGCGGAGCUGCUCAAGAGACGCAACUUCAAAGUCAUGAUUUAUCAGGAUGAAGUCAAAGUUCCCUCAAAACUCAGCAUUUCAAAAUCCAUGAAGGUUUCUGAGUCUGUGUCGGGAAGCAGAGGAGGGAGUCUGCUCGAGCUCAAAGAAGCUGCGGAAGAGCCCGGGGAAGAGGGAGGAGAAGGAGAAAAGGCAGACAAACCUCACGUGGACCUCUCAUCGGACGAAGAGGGUUUGGAUAUCGAGGAGGCCAUCGAGGAGACUCGUGCCGAGCGCAUCAAGCGCAGCAGCCUGCAGCGUGUACAAAACCUGAAGACUGUUUUCUCAAAGGAGAAGAUGGAUAAGACCAGAGCAAAGACCAAAGAGAACCUGGAGAAGACCAGACAAAAAACCAAGGAGAACCUUGAGAAGACAAAGCAGAAGACAAAGGAGAACCUGGAAAAGACAAGGCAAAGAACCAAGGAGAAUUUAGAAAAGACCAAGCAGAAGACCAAGGAAAACCUGGAGAAGACUCGCCACAACAUUGAGAAGAAGAUGGGAAAACUGGGGACACGCAUGAGCGUCAACCCUGAGCGCAAACAGAAGAUCAAGACAUCCAGUGACAAGAUGAAGAAAGCCUUCACACCAGACCAUGUGGUUUAUGCCCGGUCCAAGACCGCUGUGUACAAAGUGCCUCCCUUCACCUUCCACGUCAAAAAAAUUCGGGAGGGUGCUGUUGAAGUGGUUCAAGGCACUGAGAUGGUCGAGGUGUCGCAAGAUCCCGAGCCCUUUAGCGAAGUGGAUGCGGAGGCUGAGGAAGAAGCGGUGGAGGUGGAGAUGGAAAUGAUGAAUGGAGGUGGUGAUGAGGAAGAGGCUGAUGAGGACGAAGAGGAGGACAGCCACGAUGCUCUGCAGGAGCACGAUGAGAGAGACAGAGAUAGCGAUUAAAGAUAUAAAACAGAUGCUAACAAAAUCAUCAACCCCAGAGAUCUAAAAAAGAUAUGUCAAAAUUAAGAUACUACAGAAAAUUAUGAGGCUAAUUACAACCUGGGUAUUAUUAUUAUUGCUAUUUUGAUUUUGGCCAUUAUUCCUGCCAAUUAAGACAACAUUGUGUUCACAAAAAUGCUUCCUGGGAACAUGUAAAAGAAAGAAAGAAAAGAAAGAAAGUGAGCAUUCAAACAGACUGUAACCAUUCUCUGCAGCCAAACAGAACAAUUGUAAACACAACUAAACUAAACAUUGUAAGUCAGAGCUUUUCCAGGAGGCUGGUGAUGUCUUUAACCGACCUUUGGCUCUGUUUCCAUCUCACCUGCAUGUCUGCCUGCUUCAAAGCUCCACUGGCCCUGAUUGUUCUGCAGUCACAGGGCUCAUUCCAUACAGCUGCACUUGCAGUCAGAGUCAAUCCUUCUAUUAUGAAUUUUAACUACAUUAAAAGUAGCACAACAGAACAGAGAGAAAACGGGGCUAUAGCCAUGGAGAGUGCUAACACAUUUGGCUUUUCAGCUCUAUAAGGUGAUAAUAAGUGUUUGCAUCAUCUACAGAGGCCCCCCAAUAAGGUCCCAGCUCCUUUUUAUGGACCACGAGCUAAAGGCUGCACUGUUAUUAAGACCACAACAAGUUAUAUUUUUUCCUUUAUUUGAUUACAUAUUAUGGCUAAAGAAUCACUAUUCAAAGAAAUAUGUGACAUUCCUCUCAGAUUUGCAAAGGUGGAGUGUAAAUGAUCAUGAGCAAAGACGAGGAAAAAGGGAAGAAGAUGAAUGUUUGUUUGAAUUAUCGCCUUCUCAGAAAGUGUCCCUUUUUCAUUUUCUCAGUCUGACUCACAGCUAGAGAAGGGUUUGUUUAAAGGAUGUCGGGUUGCAGAUUCCCGACUGAUAAAUGAUAAAUUCACAGAGUAAAUAUUCGCGCUUAUCCAGAAAUAUCAAGUAUCACACAUGCUAUGCUAUUCCUUCCACCUUCUCUACUUACUAAUGUUAUAGUAUUCUGCUUAAUUUACUCUUUACUUAGAAGCACAAUGAUGUCUGUUAUCAAGCUAUUGUUGAGUAUUUGUGUAUUUGUAUGUGAUCACAGUUUAUAUCAGGCUAAUGUUCUUACUGCUGACAGACUGUAGUAGACUCGCUGUCUCUUUGUUGUUUUUACAGAACAUUGUGCUGCCAUUUCUCCCAAAGAACAACCGUUAUGAAAAUGAAGGUAGUUAGGUCCAUUACUUUUCCCUGAGCGAUCUUUUCCUGUCUUGAAAAAUGUCUUCUGUUAUUUUUCAUUGUUUUUUGUUGUUCAAAAGAGUUGGGUAAAGAAACUGCCACAAGGACCAAUGCAUCCUCAGCUUUUACAAUCACUGCGUGCUCUCUGGAGCUUUUAUCCUAGUAUGUGACUGCUGCAGUCUGACACUGACCCCUAGUGCACGGCCGUUUCAACAUAUUUUCCUCUACACGUGCAUUCACCAAUAAAACCAGCAGCUCUUUUUUAAAUAAGCAUUUCAUUCACAUAUUUUCUCGGUUGCUUACAUUUUUAAGAAGACGUAAUAAAUGUGUUUUAAAUAUUCACCACUCCUGCUGGUGUUUUAGGAAAAGAAAGAAGUCAAGACUUUAUGUUGAUUUGCGUUUGAAUGUUCUGCUCUGACUGCAUCUCUGUAGCUCAUUCAUCAUAUAUUUCUACAGGUGUUCUGUGGUAAGGGCAGGGGGCGUGGCCACAAGCCUAAAGGCUACAAAUACAUGACAAAUGAUUCUAGGAGAGCUUCACGUAACUGUUCCCAAAGGUUUCUGCAGUGUUUGUAUUGUCAAAGCUUAGUUCCCAGCUCAGAGUCGUCACCGUUUCGUGUUCAUCUUUGUACAUAAUGUGAAUCACAGCCAGUGCGCUGCUGUCUGCUGCCUGCGCUUCUUCCACAUUUACUUUCUAUGUCAAACAAUUGUGAUGUUUGCACAGCUUUCACAGUGCAACAAAUGACAUUUAUAUGUAAGGACAGGUGAAAUAUUUUAGCAUUGUCAAUGUACAGUUGAGACCUUUGGUGAUUUGAUGCUCAAACCACUAAAAGGGGGAAACAAUGCCAUGUCUGUGAGAGCAGUAACAACAUGCAGCUGCACCGAAGCCUGUGCCAAUGGAACAAAUGUUCUUUACACUUAACUGUUUCCUUGCUUUUGUUUCCUUUGUAAUGUUACUUUGCUUAACCACUAAUGAUUUCAUUAAAAUGCUUUUUGGUUCACA